GGCAUAUUAGUCAAACCUCGCAUUCGGGGGAAAACUUUCCCGUGUGACUGUAUAUAAAUACAAGGAAGCGGGACCACGGCAGGGCUCACUUGAUCAGGCGUCGUGAAAACUGUAACAUCAAGAGGUUCGCUCGAUAGGUUGACCAACAGCAUUCUAAGUCCUCAGUUAGAAUUGAAGAUGGCGCGUUGGACAGUUGGGGUUGUCGUGUUGGUUUUACUGCAUACAGUGUUCGCCAACGGUGCUGAAAGGCCGAAAGGGCCCAGUAAGAAAAUUAGACGUCAAUAUUCCAUCCGCCGACCAGCACUGUUAAACCGGAAUCCAAGCCAUGUGGAUUUCCCAGGGUUCGAGGAGAGCAUAGUUAAAUACGAUCCUUCUGGGCUGGGCUUUGAGUUCGAACUGCCGUUCAAUCCGCAAUACCAAACAGGAUACGAGCCAGCCAAAUCCAGUGUCCAUUCAAACACUCCUGACGUCCAGCAAAAGUCCACUCAGGCACCGGAAGGCACUGAAGCUCCCGUACCGGUUUAUUCGACAACACCUUUCCUUGAACCUAUCGGAAACUCUUAUUAUUCGGAAUAUACAUCAUCAAAGGGUUCUUACAAAUUAGGGUUAUCUAAUGGAGUAGCUUCUCCUGAAAGUCCAAACAAAUACGGUGGAAAAUAUUCUUACUAUUGUCCGAAAGUCGGAGGGUAUCAUUCACAAUGUCGUCCAGCCAUAGAUUGCUCGGUAUGGUACGAAGUGGCUCUUAGUACCCCAGGAUCUGCUUGCACUAUGGAGGAUGGAGAUCCAGGCAUCUGCUGUCCUGAUCUUCCUUACAAUGACAAGGGAACAUCGUUCAAGGAGCCUCCUCUAUGCGAGGGUAAAGUUGAGUUGGACGACCAUGUUGAAUGUCUCGACGUAUUUUCGGUGAACGCAGCCUCUGACGUCGGUGAAUUUGAGCUAAGAUUGCACAAAGAAACAGCCAAACGUCUCCGAGAAAAGGGCAUCGUAGCUCAAGCCGCUUCACCCCGUGCUGCACAUGCCCGUUUCUCCAACCCAUCAGAACAGGCCCGCAACGUAACCAUCGAAGCAUUCGUAGGUGUCCAUACUGCAGUCGUUCUCGUUAAAAGAUUCAAAAUCAAAACCGCCCAGGUUGGCUGCGCUUUAAAUAGAUUCAAGCUGUCAGAAACCGAUUUAGAUGACAAAUGUAACACCGUAAGCAAGGCCCAUUGCAGUGAGAACAGAUUGAAUUCCCCCUUCCGAACGAUAGACGGUUCGUGUAAUAACGAAAGACACUUCGUUUGGGGUCGUUCAGUUACUCAGUACCAUCGUAUGUUCCCAUCUAAUUAUGAUGAUGGUGUUUGGACUCCCCGAAAAGCCACUAACGGUAACGCACUUCCCAGCCCCCGUCUCGUAUCCGUUGCUUUGAUGCAUGAUGUUGACCAGCCUAGCGAGUCGACCACAAUCUGGUUCAUGCAGUACGGACAAUUUCUAGACCACGAUUUGGUGUUGACUCCAGAAAUGUCGAACGAAGACGGAACACCAAUUGUCUGUUGCAGUGAAGACGGGAAACACCUUGAUGAGGAGGAUCGCAGUCACGGCAAGUGCCUUCCCAUUGAGGUCCCAAAGAACGAUCCAUUUUUCUCCAAAUUCGGCCGAACUUGCAUUCCACUCAUCCGAGCUGCUCUAGCGUGCAGAACCGAUGGCAAACUGGGUCAUGCAGCUCAGCUCAACGACAACACCCAUUUCUUGGAUUUAUCACUUGUUUAUGGCUCCGACGAUAAAAAAGCAGAAGAGCUGCGCGCACGAGAAAAUGGUGAACUUAAGGUUACUGAGAGACCCGGUGGUCCAGAGUUCGAUUUGCUACCACCAAGCGAUAAUCAGAACCAAACUUGCACCUUGCCUAAGGAAGUGUCUGGUAUUGAUCCACCUGCUGAUGUCAGAUGCUUCAAAGCCGGCGAUGGCCGUGUCGAUGUAACACCAAAUAUGGCUACGUCGCAAAUUCUCUUUAUGAGGGAACACAACAGACUUGCUCGAGAAUUGUCACAGUUGAAUCCAUCGUGGAAGGAUGAGCGUCUCUACCAGGAAGCCCGACGCAUUUUGAUUGCUCAAGCUCAGCACAUCACCUACAACGAAUGGCUACCUAUCCUUCUCGGCCGCACGAAAAUGGCCGAACUUGGCCUGUUGCCACUGCAGAGUGGAUUCAGUAGAGAUUAUGAUGAACACCUCAAUCCCAGCAUUCUGAAUGAAUUUGUCGGCGCUGCUUUCCGUUACGGUCACUCUAUGGUGCAAGGAAAGGCUCUAUUGAUGAACGAAGAAAGGGUUGUGGAGAAAUCCCUCCUGUUACGCCAACACUAUUUCAAACCGCAGGAGCUCUACACCCCUGGCAAUCUUGAUAAAUUCCUUAUUGCUCUGGCUACUCAACCCAGCCAAAAAGUGGAUCCCUAUUUCACGAUUGAGCUUACCGAGCAUUUGUUCGAAGAAACAGGCAAGGGUUUCGGUUUGGAUUUGGUGGCUCUUAACAUUCAGCGUGGACGCGAUUUAGGACUUGGUAGCUAUAAUGCUCACCGAGAACUCUGUGGUGUUGGACGAGCAAAGGACUUCGAUGGCCUUCGCGAUUUAUUCGCUCCUGCGAUCAUCCAGCGUUUCAAAGAGCUGUACAACUCUGUGGAUGAUAUUGACCUGUUCGUUGGAGGCAUUAGCGAGGCAAAGCCAGAAGGCGCUUACGUAGGCCCUACCUUCCAAUGUAUUUUGGCAGACCAGUUCUUGAAACUGAAGCGUGGAGAUCGUCAUUUCUACGAUCUAGGCGGCCAACCCGGUUCAUUCACAGAAGCACAAUUGAACGAAAUCCGCAAGACCAGCUUGGCCCGAAUCGUUUGCGAAAACAGCCGCGUUUAUAACAUCCAGCCAAUGGUUUUCAAAACUCCAUCUGCAAUGAAUCCUAUCGUGAAUUGCCAAUCUUACUCUAUUCCUCGUAUUGACCUUCGCCCAUGGCAAGAGGAUUAUAAUCAGAAGGCUUACAGUCAACGCUGGUAGGAUUGACAUUAUCCAUUCUUACAUUCGGAUGCCACAUAGUCUAAUAAUAUAUAGCGUAUAAACGAUAAACGGACAUAGGGAUCGCACAA